AUGGAAUGCGCACUCACUAAACUCAUUAUAUCUGAUGCUCAUCAGCUUACCAUGCAUGAUGGUACUCAACUUACUCUUGCAUUCAUACGACAAAAGUACUGGAUCAUUGGCGGUAGACAACCGGUUAUACUCAAAUGUAUGAAAUGCGCACGACGUCGUGCUGAUAGAGCUCAACAACUCAUGGGUCAGUUACCAGUAUCAAGAGUCACUCCAUCACCUGCGUUCACACACACUGGAGUUAACUAUGCUGGUCCAAUAUCACUCAAAAAUUGGCGAUGCAGAAGAGCAAAAACAAACAAAGUCUGGAUUUGUGUUUUUGUCUGUCUUUCUACUUCAGCAGUACACCUAGAAAUAGUCAGUGACUACAGCUCUAGUGGGUUCAUCGCAGCACUCCGCAGAUUCAUCAGCAGAAGUGGCAUCUGCAUAACAUUCUACAGCGAUUGCGGAACGACGUUCAAAGGCGCUGAACAUGAUCUCAACCGUCUGUUCACUCGAGGAAAUCAAGAGUCAAGAGAAAUACUUGAUCACAUCACUGUUAACAGCAUUGCUUGGCAUUUCCAUCCACUAGCAGUUUCACACAUGGGUGGAAAGUGGGAAGUUGCUGUCAAAUCACUUAAAUGA